UGAUAAACAUUUAAUUUUGACGAAUAUUGUGUUUUUAAAAUUUUAAUACGUAAUAUUAAAUUUCUCACUCUGAUUAUACUGCCAAAAAUGCCCACAAAUCUGUAUAGAGUCCAAGGGCCAGAAGGGACCAUACCUUAUCAGCAUUACUUAAUCGAUAGAAACAAUCAUAAACUUGAAGAAAUUGCCACUGGUUUAAUGAAGGAUGUGCGAUGUGAUGGCAGAAAUAUGUCUGACCAUAGAAAUUUGUGUAUCAAAACUGGUAUUGUUACACAAGCCAAAGGAUCAGCUUAUUUAGAAUGUGGUAGUACAAAAUUAGUUUGUUCUGUAUUUGAUCCUAAAGAAGUUCCAAAUAAAGUAGAAUAUGCUAAGACUGGAGAACUUCAGUGUGAAUUUAAAUUUGCUACAUUUUCUUGUAGACAAAGGCGUACUUAUACGCGAGAUUCUGAAGAACGACAAUUGUGUAAUGAACUACGCAGAGCUUUAGAACCUGCUAUUUGUAGAGGCGAAUUUGCCAACUUUGAAAUUCAUAUCAACGUGCUGGUGUUAGAAAAUGAUGGAUCUGUGUUGGCUGCUGCAAUCACAGCUGCAGGACUUGCACUAAUGGAUGGAUGUAUACCUAUGUACGAUGUGAUUGUUGCCACUUCAUUGGGAUAGAAUUGAUCCAGCAGUAAAAAAAACACAUUCUGAAGAUGCCGAAGAAGCCGGUAUACAAAGAAUAUUUUUGCGAGAACAGAUAAAAAAGGAAACGUAAGUUCACGCGAUUUCCACCACAAACACGGAUCGUCAUUAUGAUUAAUUUGUGGUUCAGCCAAGUACCUCGAAAAUUCAUCCUCAGAAUUUAGUGGAACUAUCCCCAAUAAAUCAUCUAAUACUGUA